AUGUGGAUGAUGGAACGUAAUGGGAGGUAUACAGUUAAGAUUGUUUAUAAACUGGCUAUAAUGGAGUUGUUAGACAUUGAUCGGUUCCAUGUUGAGGGAGAGUGGCAUAGAAUCUGGAAGUGUGAUACGGCUGUUGAGGAUGAUUGGCAUGCUUUCGUGGGUUGUACGGUUGCACGUGAAAGUUGGUAUUGGGCAGAACUUUCGACUGUGCUGCAAACGCGAGUUGGAACUAAGAGCCGGUUGGCAGAUUUUGUUUUUGACAUAUGUUGUUCAGAAAGCCGAGACACUGUUGGUCGAGUGGCUUUACUUCUUUGGCAAAUUUGGGCUGCUCGUAAUGAUGUCAUUUGGAAUGACGCUCAUCAUACUUCAAAAGGCAUUGGAAUGACAACAUUAGAUGCAUGGCAGCAAUGGCAAGAGGUUCAUAAACAUCCAUCACUACUGGUUGUGCCACACGGCCAAAAUAGAGUGCAAGGUAACAACUCAGUUUGGGAGAAACCGAGCGAGACAUGGUUGAAGUGCAAUGUGGAUGCCGCGUUCCAUGACAGUAAUCAUCUUACAUCUUUUGCGUGUUGUGUUAGAGAUUCCCGGGGGCAAUUUAUUCGGGCUCAAACGAAAUGGCAACGGGCAAAUAUGACUGUUUUGGAGGGGGAGGCAGUAGCCUUACUCGCUGCUAUUCACUUUGCUGAUGUAAACAGAUGGGACCGGGUUGUCUUCGAGUUUGACUCUGAUACUCUAGUGCAAGCUCUAUCGUCAGCGGGACAUGGUAAUUCAGAAUUCUAUGCGAUUGUCAGUUAUCUUUACAUUCCAACUUCGAGGUGA